AAACUUGUCAAAAUGGACUUUGACGAUGAGGAGGAGGCUGUGCAGCCGCACUAUGCACAGAAAUUUCGGGCUCCAACUGAUCCGAUUCUUCUGGCUACGUAUGAGCUCUUCAAGCCCUCGCCGCAGACCUUGAACCUGUACAGUGAACGGAACCGCGAGCUUUUUGCCGAGGCGUUCAUUGACGGAAACUUGGACACACUGGGAAAUCUGUGCGUUAAGAGUUUGGCCAAGCUGGGCGUCCGGGGCAUAUCACCAACCUUGCAGGAGAGUCCACAGCUAAUGAGGAUAUUUUAUGACGCCCUAGAUGUGGAGUUACCUUUGAGGGAAUGCUAUUUGAUCGACGACCAGCGCUUUUGGCGACGCGUGGUGCUGAGCAAGACGCUGGACAAGACGUUGCACCUGAAGCGCUGGAACGAGUUCGACUGGAAGUCUGAGGGCGUGAGCAGAAAAUUUGUGGAGCAGGUGGAGUCCUGUCCCGUGAACGUGAAGCCCGAGAAGAAGCUGGCUCAAUUGGCUGAGAAGGUUUGGGAGUACGUGAACUCAAUGCACGUCCGUAAGCUGCAGGCGAUGCCUGACUACGCCUUUUCUAAGUACCUCGAGAGCGAACCCGAGGAAGAUAUAACCUCCGAGUCUUCCGACGAGGAGGAUAUUUCCAGCGAUGAACCCGAUACGGAUCUGGGAAUCGAUGACGAGGGCGAGGAGGAGCAGGAGUCUAGUUCAAGUAGCGAGGCCGCCAUCACUUUCUGGCAUGCGGAAUCCGAGGACGAGGACACGAUCCGUAAGAAUGCGCGACGUCAGCGCAAUGCCAACCGCCAGCUGGCUCGGGAUGCCAUCGCCAGGAAACGGGCAGAUCGCGUGGAGCGCAAGAAGCGGCGCCAGGAGAAACUGAUCGCCUUGAAGAACCCGGAUCGGUUGGCCAAGAAGAAAAAGAAAAAGAAGGAGCCGCCCAUACAAGACGUGUUUAGUAUCAAUGUUGCGCCAGAAGUUGCCGAUGAUGAGGACACAAAGCCUGACAAGCGCAACAAGCAGCUGAUGCUGGAGCGCAUCAAGCGCUAUGACUAUCCGGAUAUUCACUGCCAUCAUAUCGACCUGGGAUUUGUGCGCUUUUUCGGCAAUAUGACGUCGUUCACACUGGAGUUUUUGGGACCACCGGAUGUGAAGGACUAUCAAAGCCGAUAUUUGAAGUUCUCAGACGGUGAUAUGGUGCGUCUGAGCAGAGGCUUACGCUGCCUACCGAACCUGCAGACCUUCAAGCUGCGAAACAGCCGCUUGAAUCUAAAAAAGUUUCGCAUCCUGGCCCGCGCUCUGCAGACCUUGGAUUCUCUGGAAGAGGUGGAUUUCGGCUACGCCCAUAUGACGGAUGAGUGCAGCGAAGGGCUGUCCUAUUUGCUGAAGCGCCCAAGGAUGUACCGCAUUAUGCAGCUGGAGUACAAUCGACUGGGCUCCAAUUCUGCCCUGGUGCUGGGCGAGGCCUUGAGCCAGUCCCAGGAAGGGGUUCUGGAGUACCUGGGCCUGGCCCACAAUCCGCUCAACGAACUGGCCCUGCACUCGCUCAUCACAAGCAUCAUCGGCACCCCGCAUGUGAUGGCCCUCAACAUCUCGGGGGUCGACACUACCCAGGGACUAUUUGCCCGUGACAUAGGCACCCUGCUGCGCAGUCACACACCUCUGAUCAGCCUCGAAAUGGCCGCCAUCAACAUAGGCAACUCCCAAGGAAAUCAAAUACUGAGGUCUCUGGAGAAAAACACCCGGGUCUUGUACGUGGACUUGCGGGAGUGUGAUCUGACCGAGGAUCAGGAGUUCGAGGUGGACGUGAUUGUGCGUCGUAAUAACUAUAUACUGGAGAACUUUCACCACGGCGAGAAUCUGUGUGCGGUGGUCAAGGAGCGACGCCAUCCGAUUGUCCAGCGGAUCGAGAAGGAUUUCGCGAGGCGCAAGGCGUGCCAGGAAGUUCGCCCCAAGUUCUCGAGCUCCAGUGUGGAGUCCAUUCCCGAGGUGGUGGAGGAAAAGAAGGAGGUGGAGGAGGAGCGGGAUAUCUGGGCUCUUCUGGCGCGCUGGAACCAACCAGCAGUACCCGAAGUGACUGUCGAAGAGGCGCCGAAGGAAUCUCCCAGCCCCUCGACGGCCAAGCCACAGCCCUUUGUCUACGAGGCCAACAAGUUCGAUCUGGAGCAGUUCCGCGAGUCCGUCUUUCUGCCGGGUCCUGGCAAUCGUUUUUUCUACCUGCAAAAGAACAAAACGCCCUAGAUGUUUUCACCACCAAUAAUUGCAUAACAUUGUACUCUGAGUAUAUUUUCAAAGCAUUAAAGGGUCCGUUUAGCCGGCA